UUCGCAUUUUCUUUCGGCUUUUGCACCUUGACUGCACGACUGUGGGUGGACUACACAGUAAUCUGUGGCUCGGUGAUCUGUCGCCAUGGUCGGUCGUUAAUUUGCACUAUCCAGGUUUAAGUUCAUAACUAUUAAUCUAGUUUUGGACGCAGUAACAGCAGUUGAGAACGUUUAAGCUGUAGACGUGACGGAGUUAAAGGUGCAAGUUUCGUUUCCAACACACCAGCCCCAGCAGGCUCACCACAGUCUGGUGAAGACAGUGAAGUGACGAUGAUAUCUCGCACCUUUGCAAUAACUUUGGUUCGCCAUGGUGAAACAUUGUCCAACAGAGAGAACAUCAUGCAAGGUCAGCUGGACACAGAACUCUCCGACCUUGGCUAUGAACAAGCGCGGCUGGUGGCGGCGAAACUCCAGGAUGAUACGUUCACGAACAUGUACUCUAGUGACCUGCGGAGAGCCUCGGAGACGGCCAGGGCCAUCGCCUCGGCCAACAGAGUGUCCUCGUGCGAGCUCAAGCUGGACAAGAGGCUGCGGGAACGGUGUUUUGGCUUCCUGGAGGGUAAACCGUUUCGUGAAUUCCAGCGAGUGGUCAGUGAACGAAAUGUGUCACCGUCCGAGUUCACUCCAGAGGGAGGGGAGACUGUUGCCCAGGUGACUCAGCGGGCGAGGAGUUUCUUUAAUGACUUGUGCAAACUGAUGGUGGAUCCUUCUGGUGCCAAGAGAAAAACCUGUACAGGGACAAAUGGGCAAACGUCACCAGGGAACUCUCCGUGUUGUGUCACAAAGUCCAGUGACAGUGAAGGUCAAGCGGUGACGAGUAGCUCAGAAGUGAUGAAGGACUCGCGGCAGGUGAAGAAUGGCGAUAGAAUUUCACAGUCAGGGAUUCCGUCUGAUGGUCAAGGAAGUUCCUCCGGGCGGUCCAGUUCUACCACAGCCCUGCAGAUCAGCAUCCCGGAGUCAGACGGCGCAGGUGUUGCGACAGACAACGGCACGGGGAGCGUCGGUUGUUCAGUACGCCCAGAGGCUAGCGAAGAUCCCCAGUCGGGUGUCGCCAACGUUUCUAGUGACGAGUCUCUCCAAGCAGACGGCGACCUUGUCCUGGAAGACGGACACGUGUUGAUCGCCAGCCACGGCCUCCUGCUUCGGGAGCUCAAAUCCAUCAUCCUGCAGAGGUUCAAAGGUCAGUUACACGGCAACAACGCGCUGGAGGCCAAACGGAUCAGCCCCAACACGGGCGUGUCGCGAUUUGUCCUGACUGCCUGCACGGAGGGGCCGAACAAGCUCCACGUGAACUGUGUGGAGGUCUGUGUGAUCAACGACACGUCUCACCUCACUGGAGUUGGGGCCAACCUCGUCUCACACGCCAAAUUUCAAGGAGCGCUAUGAUGAUAAUAUUUUACAAAUUGUCUCGUCUUUUUUUGUGGCUUUUGAUGUGAGUGGUGGUAAAAGCAUGAAUGCAUUUGAUAACGUUUUGUAUUUUUUACAAGGUGCAAGAAUAAUGUGUUAUCAAUAUUUCUAGAACAUUUGAGUUUAUUGACAAAGUUCUAUGCAGGUGACUUGUGUGCCAUACUUGAACUGAGGAAUCCAUUUUACUGAUUGGUGACGGGCUACUUUUUGGGGGGGCCGUAACUAGACCAAACUGCCAGGCUGUGUUUAUAGACAUUGUAUGAAACAGUUCUUUAAAUCAGGCCAGUAGCUCUGCCUUUAGAAAUCAGGUGGAUACAGACAAAAAGGCAGGCCUAUGAAAAGAUCGGUUGAUGGGGUAAGAGAAAUAUUAGUCAAAAACAACAUAACCACGCAACAGGCGAUACAAAAAAUGAGAGAAAAACGUUCGCUUCUCCCCUCGACACCAUUGGGUAACAAAGGUCAGAAAAAGUUAAGUAAAGUACGUGAGAUCUGCAUGUAUAGUAAAAAUGAGAAGACUCUGACGCCUAGCUUCACUUCACUUAACUUUCAAAGAGGCUGUUUGGAAGAAGUUUCUAUGAAAAGGUUAUGGUUCAGUUCGUUACUAUACGGCUGAUUCCUCAGAUUUGUUGUUGCGAACAGUGGUACUGAAUGCCUCUCUGUUUUGUAACCUGAACUCUAGUAAGGAGUGAGUUGAGAAGUACUCGUGUUAGACAAGAUCACACAGGUGUCUGCUGUAGCAGUUACGUGCUUUAUAUCACGUGCAGGAAGACCGAUUUUGAUUCCCGAGAGGGGUGAGUUUUUAUCGAUUAUCUCUCAGUGUUUUGGUUGGGAUGUUGUAUCCCUCUCAGCCUGGGUCGGCCCUAAUAGGGAGGGUCAGAAGCCUACCUCCUAAAUGAUCUAAAUUGUGUCAUGUAAAAACAUCUACAUUUAAAAAAAAAAGAAGAAAAAAAGCAAUUUUUAUCGCAUUUUCCUCACAGGGUGCCGGCCACCUCAAACCUAGUCCCGUACUUUUACCGCGUAAUCUGUCCAGUUGUCUCUGGAACUGGAAAAUCUACAUGUUAUCUACUAAGACUUCAAAUCAAAGAAGUAAUGCCAA